AUGGCCGCCGCUGUUGUCGCCAAUGGCCAUACCACCCCCUCUGCCGAUGUCGCCAAACAGCGCAGGCUAAUUCACCACCAUGCCGAUGUCGUGAUUGUGGGCGCUGGAAUACUGGGAUGUGCAUUGGCGGUGGCACUUGGAAGACAAGGGCGCAGCGUCCUACUGUUGGAGGCGUCCAUGAAGGAGCCUGACCGGAUCGUCGGAGAGUUGCUACAGCCUGGCGGUGUCGAGGCGCUUGGGAAAUUGGGUCUUGCCGAUUGUCUGGAAGACAUUGACGCCAUCCCAGCCAAGGGCUACUAUGUGUCGUACUUUGGGAAACCCGUCUCGUUCGCCUACCCCAAGCCCUCCCCGUCGUCGCCCGCCCCGCAAGGGCGUUGUUUCCACCAUGGCCGCUUUGUCAUGAAGCUGCGAGCUGCCGCGCUGGCCUGUCCCAACAUCACGGUCGUAGAGACCAAGGCCACCGACUUGGUCACUUGCUCCCACACCAAGCAGGUUCUUGGUGUCGAGUGUGUGACCGGCGACAUGAAGGAUUGCUACUUUGGCCAUCUGACGGUGGUGGCAGAUGGCUACGCCUCCAAAUUCCGCAAGCAAUACCACUCCAACACCCCUAAGGUCCGGUCCAGGUUCUGGGGCUUGGAGUUGAUCGAUGCAGACCUUCCCAUGCCUUACCAUGGCCACGUCCUCCUUAGCGACAAUGCCCCUAUCCUCGUCUACCAAAUCGGCACCCACGAAACCCGCAUCCUCAUCGACAUCCCUGAGAACCUCCCAUCGGCCUCCGUCAAGAACGGCGGUGUCAAGAACCACCUUCGCAACGUCGUGCUCCCGUCCCUUCCCGAAUCUAUUCGGCCUUCAUUCGUUGCUGCGUUGGACAAGGGUCAGCUGCGCUCUAUGCCAAACUCAUAUCUUCCUAGUGCGCCGAACAAAACUCCCGGUCUGGUCAUUCUGGGAGAUGCGCUCAACAUGCGGCAUCCGCUGACCGGUGGAGGAAUGACCGUCGCAUUCAACGACGUCGUGGUCCUACGUGACCUGCUCAGCCCGGAGAAGGUCCCCACUCUCGCUAAUCAUGAGCAAGUCCUGCGACAGCUGUCCUCCUUCCACUGGCAACGGAAGAAAGCAUCCUCAGUCAUCAACAUCUUAGCGCAGGCUCUCUAUGCCCUGUUCGCUGCCAAAGACGAAAAUAUGCGUGCUCUCCAACGAGGCUGCUUCCGUUACUUCGAGCUAGGAAUGACCAGCGGCCCAAUAGGUCUUCUAGGUGGGCUGAUCAAAAAGCCAGAUGUUCUGUUCUGGCAUUUCUUCAGUGUCGCCUUUCUCUCUCUCUGGCUCGUCAUCACCGAGCACCCCUUUUACAUGCUGCCUCUGGCCUUCCUGAAAUGCAUCAUGGUUUUCUGGACCGCUUGCGUUGUAAUUUUCCCCUACAUGCUGAUAGAGGCAUUCUGCUAA